CUCAAUGGUGACCCAACUCAACACCCUUGAAGGUCCAGAGUCAGAGAGUCACGUUGCAGAGUUACUUGGUGACAAGUACCACUACGCGAAUGCCAUUGACAGCUCUCUGCUCUGGACAGUUGGUUACGCCCCCUACAUUCCCCCAGCUCUGAAAGGAAGAAGCUUCCCCUCUGUUGAGAGCUUCUUCCUGGAUGAGUGGGAGCCACUGACACUCCUGCAGACUCCUCAGGUUCUGUCCACCAGUGUUUCCAUCGAGGAAGACAACCUGAUCCAGCCUGCUGCAGGCCUAGUGUCUCUGGUUCUAUCCACCAGUGUUGCCAUCGUGGAGAAUGACCUGAUCCAGUCUGCUGUAGGCUUAGUGUCUCAGGUUCUGUCCACCAGUGUUGCCAUUGUGGAGAAUGACCUGAUCCAGUCUGCUGCAGGCCUAGUGUCUCAGGUUCUGUCCACCAGUGUUGCCAUUGUGGAAAACGACCUGUUCCAGUCUGCUACAGGCCUAGUGUAUCAGGUUCUGUCCACCAGUGUUGCCAUUGUGGAAAACGACCUGUUCCAGUCUGCUACAAACCUAAUGUCUCAGGAUAAUGACUCCACCCCGAGAGCCUCCAACCGUCCUUGUGGCUUAUGUUUCAACCAAGAGAAGUAGUCUAACCAUCACUAUUUCUAUGGUUUCAACCAAGAGUUGCCUUGUUGCUUUACAUGAAGUUGAUGCUAGUGCCACAAGCCUGGAGCAAUCUGCUGAGAAAAUGUCUACCUCUACCACUGAUGUCAACGACAUCUCAACUGCUGCUGCCAAGAAGAAGAAGAGGUGUGGAUUAUUCUCAUCUCUCUGGAGAGCUCUCAGGGGGAAGAACAAGAAGCCUGGAAGCUAAAGUGGCUUCCACGAAAGAGGAUGAAAUCAACAAGGAUGUGAGCAGCCUCACCUGCCACCACAACACCACACAGGGAGAUCACUGAUGCAGGCACCCACAAUGGUGUUCCUGUUUUUUUUUUUUAUCACACU